AUGCCCGAGUCCGCCCCUGCCUCAGCUCCUUCGAGCGCCAUUUCUCGCCCCGUCAGCGAGGCUCUGCUCAAUGAGAAGUGGGAUCGCUGCCUUUCCAACCUCCUCGUCAAGUCUACUCUCGGUCUCGGUUUCGGCGUCGUCUUUUCGGUUCUCUUGUUCAGGCGACGAGCUUGGCCCGCCUUCAUUGGCGCUGGUUUCGGUGCUGGACGAGCGUACGAAGAGUGCAAUUUCAACUUGAAGUUGGCGGCACGCGACCUCAAGAAGCAGCAAGCAUAG